AUGGGGUUCAGCGACGAUGAGUCCUCCGGCCUUGGCAGGGCCAGCGACGAAGUCCGCAGCAGCGGGAGCACAAGAGACGAAGAACCUACCUCCGACGCGGUGGAACGAUUGGCAAACCUUCAAGACUCGAAAGAAGAGGUGCCUGCACCACCACCGAACACGCAAGAUCUCGCAGCAUCCAAACCAAAAAGUCGCCAUCGAGACAACCCCGAGUGGUUGGCUUCUCUGGGGGAAAAGAUCUCCGAGACACCUACUACCUCGAGCCCGCUCUGCACAGCACCAGCGACCGCAGAAGAUCUGGCGGCAGCUUCGAAAGACGGAGGGCGUCUUCGAGCCAACCCUGAGUGGCUGCCUUCUCUCAGCAACAACAAGGUCGUCGGGACCUCUGCCCAGGUCCCGCUCGAUGCAGCAUCGCCAGGGACAGCAGAAAACCUGGAGGCAGCUGCCAAAGACGGAGGACACCGUCGUGACAUCCCGGAGUGGCUGGCUACUCUAAGUGACAAAAACAUCGAGAUUCCUACCUCGAUCCCGCUCGAUACAGGAAAGCUUGAGGACAGUUCGAAAGUCAGGGCCAGAAAGAAAAUUCCAGACAACGACCGUCUACGAGCUGUUAUCCAGGAGGGCGACAGAGAAGGGCUAGUUAAUUUUUUGCGGCAGGUGAACGCGGAAGUGCGGCAGAAGCUGACGAAGACGUACGGUGGUACUGCCGACGAACAUGAGGCCGACGAGGACGGUUUGUUCCGCAAUACCUCUCCCCUCCUCCACGCGGCGAUACGCGGACAAGAGGAAGUAUUUUCUCUAUUGGCCGGUGCUAUGGAGACGAGCGGGACUCUGGGCGCCGAAAUGGUGAAAAGGGACGAGCACGGACGCACGGUGCCGCAGCUCGCGGCCCUCAGUGGGAAUCAAGCAACUUUCAGCCACGUGCGAAAAUUGGUUCAGCGUCUCAGCACAAACGAGAUUCGUCAAAUGCUAACGUCAACGGACAACAGUGGAAGCACUGUCCUCAUGGCCGCUUUCAACAGCCGAAACACGGAAACGUUUCGAAGUGCUCUCGAGUUUACGAUGGAGCAGCUCGACAGCCCGCAGGUGCGGAAGCUUAUCGAGAUGACCGACAACGCCAACCAAACCCUGUUAUCGAUGGCGAUCAACACCAAGGACGCAGGGCGGUUUGAGUUCGCCCUGAACGAAUGUCGACGGGCUGUUGGCUACACGAAGGUGGCUGAGACGGUUCCACUAGAUGAGAUUUUCUCGGAGUGUGCGGAACGACAACUGGACCGCCAUCCUGGGCGACCGUUCGGCCUGAAGCUCCUUUCUUCCCUCAUGGCCUGCUCCGCCCGUCCUUCGCCGAGCCAUCUCAAGAAGCUCGCAAUCGCGCACGCCCGAGGAGAAACCUUCAAGGACUGUUGCUUGGAUGCCGUGACCUCUGCUGCGAACCCAUUCAUCCCGGGCUUGGUGCUGUCGAUACGCCUCGCCGAGGCUGCCCAAAAGGCUAACGAGGGGGAACGAAGAGCCAUCACAGACAUCCAGAAGAGCGUGAACGAUCUCUUGCUCGAGGUACUUGAGCGUCUUCCUCGAUCGGUCAGAUCCUUCGAGAGGGACAUGGACGACUGCCGUGACAUGUUUGAGCCGACGUUCUUGGACGUUUUCGAGGACUUCGAAAAGCCUCUGGAGAUGAUGCUUGCGAGACAGCAGCAGAGGGAACUUUUCUGCAAUGUUCCUCUCGUCAUGGACUUCCUGAAACGAAAGUUCACUCUCAGCCUGCCUCGCCUGCGCGACCCGAAGGAGGUUCUUGCGGAUUCCAACGAGAUCUUACAUCUGAGUCGUGGGGGAGUGAAAGGAGAUGUCUGCCUUGUGCUUGAUUCGGGUGUGGGGGUCAAUGCUCGGAAAGAAGACGGCCAUUUGAACGACGAACAGAUCGACGAAACAAUUGGAGAAGCGAUUGGACAGGCGGACAACGCUUCAUCAAGACCACCAUGGAAGCAUCCCACUCUUCUCGGUAGCAAGAGCCUUCUUGCCAGCUUCAGAUCGCCUCGGGCAUUGCUACAAGGAGCCAAUGAUCGGUUCCCCAGUCUUACUCCUUUCCCUGGAGCACAGUUUAUAGUCGCAGGCUUGGCUACAAGGCCUAACGACUACUUCAGGGUGCCGGCCAUGAGGAUGGUGCUCGACCUCGUCGUCUACAUUGGGAUGAUCGUGGCGCUGAGUAUCCUUGUGCUCUUCCGCUCACAGGCCGAGCAAUCUCAUGUCGAGGGUUCCACCGAUGAACAAAUCGUGUUCAGGACGCUCGACUGGCCCGAGGCCACUUGUGCGACGGUCUUCAUCGUGGGUGGAGUGUACCAGGAGGGGCGCGAGAUGGCAAGAAACUUGGGCCGAUACUGUGAAGACCAGUGGAAUGCUCUGGACUUGCUGAGCCUUCUGUUCUUGACCAUCGGUUUGGUCGGCAGAGUUGUAGACUGGAAAAGCCAGUUGGGGCCCGCGUUUUAUGCGCUUGGCGCCCCACUGUUGGUAUCCCGCGCCCUGUUCUUCGUCCAGAUCCAUCCUCUCCAAGGCCCGAUGAUUCAGGUAGUGUUUCGCAUGACGAGGAUCCUGCUCAAGUUCGGGUUCGUCAUUGCGGUCAUAAUGCUGGGUUUCACCAUGGCUUUCCAUGUCCUGUUCCGCGACUUCGACAGCUUCGGCGAGUCGUUUCUGGACUUGUUCAAAGCCAUGCUAGGUGACACCGGCUUUUUCGAGGUGUUCUCGGGAGACACGUACGACGUUGUGGCGACGUUCUUGCUUGUGGUGUAUCUCUUCAUCGUGACGGUCAUGCUCCUCAACCUCCUCGUUGCUAUUCUGAGCACCUCGCACGCUCAGGUAGAGGAAAAUAUCGAACGCGAGUUCAAGGUAUCGAUCGCGCGGAUGAUGGAUCACUACCAGUUGGUCGUGACGGACGACAUGCUUCCGACCCCGUUCAACUUGCUGCAGCUGGUCGUAUGGCCGAUUGCUUGGUGCUUGCACGGGUGUUGUGGGCGCAAUAGCGGCGUGUCUGGAAACACACAACGAUCGCGCAACCGUUCAAAGGAAGCGUACGCAUGCGGGAGCAAAGCCAUUGGACCCGUGGUGUUCUGGGUCGUGCUGGGUCCCGUAGCUGUCAUUGGAGGAAGUCUCCUCUGGAUGGGAUCGGUGUUGCCUGCGAUGUAUUUUUGGCGCAAGCACCACCGACUUCACAACAAGAGGGAAAAUGGUGGAGGCGACAGCAAGAGCAUGAACCCUUGGUCGCUGAUUUUUCGGUAUGUUGUGAUCAUCCCGUGCUGGUGCGUUUUUGGUGCUCCGGUGUAUCUCCUCUUGUUGUGGCUGAACGCAUCUCGUCGGGUGUUGUUUCGCUGCCCUUGCAAUGACGAUACCAGCAGUACAGCAACAUCCCUACACGGUGCUAGUAAAUCCACAAUAGAGAGCAUGCUGUUAAAAAGCCCUGGAGGAGUAGGAGCGCAAAAGUUGCGCGAAUUCCUUCACGACCCCAUGGAUGACAAGGACGUGCGUCAGGAUGAGAAGGACAGACGCACCACGGUGGAGCACAUCAAGCUUCUUCGGAAUCGCCUGGAGAACACCUCCAAAGAGCAGCUAAAGGGGCUGGAAGAAGCACUGCAUCAGCGGAUGAUGAAGGAGUUGGGGCUUUUGGUGCAAACGAGGGUUGGAGCAUGUACGACUACGAGGGAUGUUGGUACAAGCACCUAG